ACGCGUAAAACGGAUAUCCGUUAUGCGCGCUCUAACGUCAAUUUGUAGCGGUACAGGUUCUUUUCGUUCUUGGCUCGUGGCAGUGUAGAGUACUUGUCACGAUGAAGCUGAACGUAUCGUAUCCCGCUACGGGCUGUCAAAAGCUCUUUGAAAUUUCAGAUGAACAUAAACUCAGAAUUUUUUAUGAAAAGCGCAUGGGUGCUGAAGUAGAAGCUGAUGCAUUAGGUAAUGAAUGGAAGGGAUACGUUGUUCGCAUCUCUGGGGGAAAUGAUAAACAAGGGUUUCCUAUGAAACAAGGUGUUCUAACAAAUGGUCGUGUACGUUUGUUACUCUCGAAGGGACACUCAUGCUAUAGACCUAGACGUGACGGUGAACGUAAACGUAAAUCCGUUCGUGGAUGCAUUGUUGACUCCAAUCUCUCUGUACUUGCUCUUGUCAUAGUCAAAAAAGGAGAGAAGGAAAUUCCAGGUUUAACCGAUACGAAUGUGCCGCGACGUUUGGGACCUAAAAGAGCAAGUAGAAUUCGUAAGCUCUUCAAUUUAUCUAAAGAAGACGAUGUCCGUCAGUUCGUUGUAAAACGACCAGUUCAAAAAGAAGGCAAGAAGGAACGUUUUAAGGCUCCGAAAAUUCAGCGCCUUAUUACUCCACUUACUCUGCAGAGGAAACGUCACAGAGUGGCUUUGAAGAGAAGACGCAGUUUGGCUCGUAAGCAACAAGCAGCAGAUUACGCGAAACUGUUAGCACAAAGGCAGAAAGAAGCAAAGAAUAGACGUCAAGAAGAAUUGAAGCGAAGACGUAGUGCUUCUAUGAGAGAUUCAAAAUCAUCCAGUCAGUCUGCACCUACUACACAAAAGUAAAAUCAUUGCAAUGAUGUAUUUACCUUAAUAAAAAAAAAAUAAAUCUA